CUGCGUCCGCGAUGGAGGCCGCCUCUUCCUGAUUCCCCAAACCGCUUGCCCCUUUCCCUGUAGCGAAUCUCACCUCCCGAACCAACUCGGGCUCGCCGGCGGCGACCGCCGCCGCGCCGGCUGCGUGAUGGAGCUGUCGUCUGCUUUCGAGGAGCGCGUCCGGCAGAUGGAGGACGCGCGCAACCACUGCAUGACCCGCCUCCAAGCCGAGAAGGAGAUCCAGGCCGCCAAGUCCCGCCUCCUCGCCGCCAAGGUCGCCGCCGCCCGCCGCCUCGAGGGCCGCCGCCUCCUCCUCGAGCGCCGCGCCGCGGACCUCGCCUCCCGCGCCCUCGCCGCCCGCGCCGGCAUCGACGCCGCCAACGCGCGCCGCCUCGCCGUCGCCCGCGACAUCAGCUCGACCAACGGCGAGAUCGAGGAGGCGCAGCGGAAGGCGGAGGAGUGGGACCGCUUCUACGAGUCCAAGAGGAAGGAGAUGGAGGAGUUCCGGGCGAUGUCGCAGCAGUUCGAGGCGGGAGCUCGUCAGGAAGUGCAGAGGCUCAAGGCCUCUGUGUCUCAACUGCAGGCAGCCCUGCAGGAGCUGCAGAGCGGCGGGUUGCGCUCGGACGACGCCGGGAUCGGGACCGCGGAAGCCAGGAAGGCCGACCUCAUGGCCAAGAAGGCGAAGCUGGAUGUGAGCCUGGCUGCUGCCCGACAGUUCAGAGCACUGCUUCGGCAGCAGCUCCAGAAAGCCUUCGCGUCACAGGUUAGGGAUCAAAAGGCAGCACAAAACUGACUAGUAUGUGGUACUCCAAGCUAAACGACCUUCAUUAGCUAGCUCAAUCGCUACGGAUUAAGGAUGCAAGCGUCGCGGACUAGCGGACAAUAACAUAGUACAAAUGUAGUGUUAAUUCUAGGCAGAUGUUGAGCAAAUUUUGAACUGAUGGAUGAGUUUCGUUGAACGAAGCGGGCUGCAGCUUGCACCCCUGCUACUGAUGAAACGAACUUUAAAUGUCUACAGGCAGAUACAUGCUUUUUUUUUAUUUCAGUCUUGUUUAGAACACUGAAAUUCUCCGGAUUCCAAUCUUUGCCACUCUGCUGGGUCUGAGACCAAAUAUUGUAGAUAACAUGUUGUAAUUCAAACGCUAGAUGAUCAACAGCUAACCCAUCAUUGAGGCCA